CUGCACCUAUCGGAAAGCACACCAACAUCUAGCAUGAGAUAUGAGGAACUUUCCUCAAAUUCGCUUCUAUCGAUAGGGUCUUCGGGCUUCUACUUCGAUUUGCAGUUGGAUCACCCUUAUACUAAGAGAUGUGGCCAGAUUGGCUUAUUACUCGUUCGAAUGCGCUCUAGCCUCCGCCAAUACCACUUGGACUAUAAAAGCGCAUGUCUACCAUCUUACCUGUCCCACACAAUGAUCCCUCCGCAGCUGUCAGCUUUUCUGACCACAUCAUCUGCUCGUGGCACAGUGGCUUGGGGAUACCAUGUGGCGCAUAUACCAGUGUAUCGGACCUUUCAAGACAUUUGUCGAUGCACGGGGUGAAUGGGCCGGCAAAAUCGGUCAUAUCGUGUGCAUGGGGUGACUGUGGAAGAGCCCCCAUGAAACGGGAGAGCAUUGUUCGACAUGUCGAGGAAGUGCACUUGCAGGUGAAAUACCUCUGCGACCAAUGUAGUGCUUCUUUCUCGCGCAAAUCUACGCGCAACGGUCAUGUUUUCAAGUCGCAUUCAUACGCGUCCUAGU